CGUCUAAGUGAACAGACUCUCCAUCGAGAUGACGUCAAGAGCGCCGCAGCCACCGACAACCCAUUCUGGACAACCGGUGCAUCAAGUGGAUUUCAAGCCACCUGUGCAGCCUACAACCUUGCCCGAGUUUCCAGUCACGCGGUCUAGACGCGUGAACGUGGCUCCCGUCGCGCCGUCCGCGACGGGAACUGCCACACUGCGAGUGCCGCAGGCGCCGUUUCCACGCCUGCCGUCGCUGAGGCCGGUUGCGCCGUCAACGCCCAUGAGCCCGUUCCCCGCUAGAAUGGCUCAAGAACGCAUGGCUGCACUCGGCAAGGCGCAAGGUGCCGUCACAGCUGCGCAGGUGGAAGGAAGGAGGAACUUGGUCGCCAUAAACGCACCGCUGCCUAAGGAGACCGGAAGCCGCCCUGCCGGACGCGGCAUGAAGACCGCUAGUCGCGAGGACUAUGCAGCGACCGGCGAAGCCGACGUCGCAGGCAUCGGUCCUCGGCGACUCCAACCAAAGGCUCAACGCCCAGAAGAACCAGAGACGCUCUGGGAGCGCUGGUGGCCAUUCGCAUUCGCCAUGUCUCCACCGGAGCGCGACGAGUUCGCCACCAAAGAGAUCAACAAACGUCGGAGGGAGCGACUAAGAAAACUUCGAAAGUACGACGAAGGACGCGACUUUGAACAGUUCACCGACUCGAACUUGAACGAUUCGAGCCAAGGCAGCAUGGACGAACAAAUCGCGGCUCCCGAAACGCCAGCCGGCCACUACUCCAAGGCGCACCCGUACUACAAGAAGCUCCGGCUGCCCAGCGGACGCCGGGUGGACAUCACCAGGCGGAACUACUUCCUCAGGAAGUGGCGAGACAAGAAGAUCAAGACCUCGUACGAAACGCUCUUCUUGCUCGGUGCGCUCGUUGUCUUGAUCUGCCUGGUUAUAUACGCCUACAAGGAGAACAUGCCAUGGCUUUACAACAUACUCAGCGGACUGCGUGAUGUGGCUCGAGGCACGAAGGAUAAAAAGCGGGUGACCAACCCCAUGCAACUGGACUUUCAGUGGAGGGCUGGCACGACGGCGGAGCAGUACGACGAUGACACUACGGAUGAUUUCGACGCCGAGACGACCAGCCCGUCCGAAUAUGGAAUCGGGACGCAAGGGGUCGUGUUCGCCAAAGACGACAUGAGGAGAAGGCUACUGUGACGCACCCUCUCGGCGAAUGGACCAUGCGGUCAAACUGAAAUUUAUUUAUUUAUUUAUUUAUUUAUUUAUUUGUACCUCAAAUACCCCAUUUGGGGUUUUACAUGAGGGGUGGGCAUAUUUACAUAAUAUUUUCAAUAAAUGCCUUGAACGAUGAA